GUAAAUAAAAGACGUCACUUCCGCACUAGCCACAAUGGCGGAUGACUGCGUUCAAUUAUUUCAAAGUGCCAACAUUGAGUUUAAAAAACAGAACUUUAAAAGGGCAGAAGAACUUUAUAACCAGUUUAUUUCGUCGUGUUCACAUUCCAGGGAACGUGAAGCUACGCAUUUGGCAACCGCAUACAACAACCGCGGACAAAUUAAGUAUUUCAGAGUGGAUUUUGACGAAGCGGUUGAGGAUUACACCUCGGCGAUACAAACUGACGACAAAUUUGAAGUAGCUUUCUACAACAGAGGACUAAUACAUUACAGACUGGGGUUUUUUGAAGAUGCCGUUAAGGAUUUCAGGCAAGCUUUAAAGCUCAACGAAGCCUUUGAGGAUGCCAAAGUCGGCCUUCGCCGCGCUCUGCUGGACCAACAGGACAAAACAAACAGAGGAUAUUGACUUCUGCCAGCAUUUGUUUCAUCCUUCACUGUUUAUGUACAUAAAGCUACACUUACCUCAUUCAACCUCAGCCAAGGUUGAACAGUCUUGAUUUGAAUUCGCUUUUAGCACCAAAUUGUACACCGACAUAAAUACCUGCCGCACAUGGUGACAUUUGCUAAUUUAAAUUGACAAUUCUUUAUCCUUUAAUCUGAAUCUAUUUUAAUGUGUUUGUUUCAUAACGUGUUAUGUUCUUUGCAUGAAUGUGUAUAAAGAAAAAAACCUUUACAAAACAAAAUUGUUAUCCGCUAUAUUUAUUGCUACUCAUAAGCUACUCAUAUAUUUGGAUGUCUGCAUGUGCCUCCCUGCCCAUUUGUGGAAAUCAUGAGCACCUGCUGAAGUUUUUCUGCCUGGGUCAAAAGGCAUUCAAGUACAAUAUGAAACAGAAAAAACAAAAAAAGUACAUUAGCCAUUUAUAACCAAUUCAGAAAACGCUUUGCAUUUUGUAUUUCCACUGGAUGGGUAAAAAUUAAGGGUGUAACGGUACAUGCAUUUGUAUUGAAAUUGCAUUUCGGUACGUGGUGCUC